GCGGCGGCAGCGGGCCCGGGGUGCACAAAGGGGUGGCGGGCCCGGCACUCCCGGCGGGGCUGAGGCGGCGCCCAUGGCGGAGCCGGCUGGGGCCGCGGCGUCGCCGGACAUCGACCCUGACUUUGAGCCGCAGAGCCGCCCGCGCUCCUGCACCUGGCCGUUGCCGCGGCCCGAGGCAGAGACGGGUGGCGCGGCCGGCGCGGCGGAGGAGGGCGCGGGCGGCGCGGCGGCGGGGCCCGGCCGGGCCGAGGGGGCGCGGGCGGGCGGCGCGGCGGCGCGGAAGGGCGGCUCCCGGCGCAAUGCCUGGGGCAGCCAGUCCUACGCCGAGCUCAUCAGCCAGGCUAUUGAGAGCGCCCCCGAGAAGCGGCUCACGCUGGCGCAGAUCUACGAGUGGAUGGUGCGCUCCGUCCCCUACUUCAAGGACAAGGGUGACAGCAACAGCUCCGCCGGCUGGAAGAACUCUAUUCGACAUAACCUGUCCCUGCACAGCAAGUUUAUUAAAGUCCAUAAUGAAGCCACAGGGAAGAGCUCUUGGUGGAUGCUCAAUCCUGAGGGUGGCAAAAGUGGAAAAGCACCAAGGAGAAGAGCUGCCUCCAUGGACAACAGCAGCAAACUUGCAAAAGUCAGAGGUAAAGCAUCCAGGAAGAAGCCUCCUCUCCAGUCUGCUCCAGAAUCCUCUGCUGACAGUCCUGGCUCUCAGUUUCCUAAGUGGCCUGGGAGCCCGUCCUCGAGAAGCACCGAGGACUCUGAUGUGUGGAACACCUUCCGGCCUCGAACCAGUUCCAAUGCAAGCACCAUCAGUGCCAGGCUUUCUCCCAUCCUGACAGAGCAGGAUGACCUCCACGAUGAAGAGCUGCUUCCUUCUCUCGUGUACUCCAGUGCAUCCAGCAAUGUUCCACCAACUGUGACCGAGGAGCUCGAGCUCAUCGAUGGCUUAAAUUUGAUGUCUCCCAGCUCAUCUGUGCUGUCCACCCAGCAAUCUGCCUCCAGUGGUCAGAUCCAGAGAGAUUCCAGCUUUUCCUUGCAGAGCCCAAAUGCAGCUGGUCAGACUUUUGGCAACUCCCUGUUUAACCCCGUUGAUAUUUCACUGCAAAGUUCUGUCAGCCAUUUCUCUGCCCCUCAGACCUUGGAAGCUCUUCUGACACCCAGCUCUCCGCCUCCAAGGGAUGUUAUGAUGACUCAGGUGGAUCCAGUUCUCCCACAGACUGGUAACAGGAUGAGCAGCCGAACUCUUCUGCUUCUGGGUGGACAAGCUGCCCAGAGUAAGAUGAGCUCAGGCAAUCCACGAGGAAAGCCUGCAGAGCAGCAGGCAGAACCAGUCGGUGCCAGUGUUUUGCCAUCAACGCUUCCCAUAGUGACAUCUCCUCAAAACACUGCCAGCAUCACCAAUUUGAAGGCUCCAGUUUCUGCAACAGCUGCCCAGUCAGUCCAGCUGGGCAGUCCAGGGCUCCUUUCAUCUGCCAGCCCUGCUCCCUUGGGAUUGAACCAGGACAGGCUCCCCACUGACCUGGACAUUGACAUGUACAUGGAGAACCUUGAAUGUGAUAUGGAUUACAUAAUCAACAGUGAACUCAUGGAUGGAGGACUGGACUUUAAUUUUGAACCUAUUCUGCCUACUCCCAGCUAUCCCAGCACCUCACAGGCCUCCAACCAUACCUGGGUACCAAGUUAACUUCAGGAGCACAAAAAGUGUCCUUCAGGUUUUGAACAUUGGGUUCUGACUUCACUUCCCACCCCAGCAGAGAAGAGAAUGGAGCACGUUGGAUUCAGUUUCCCUGCACACCAUGCCUUGGGCAGAAAGGGCUGCCCAUCUGGGAAGAAGGGGCAACCUGCAUCUGGCUGCAACAGGAAGAGUUCAAAAAUAAUAAUCCUGUUAUGUGCCAUGGCUCUUCCUACAAACCUGACCCUGCCUUGGACCACCUGGAGAAACCCAUGUCCAAAGAGGAGCCCUGGUAAAAACCUGGGCCAGAAGCCUCUGUGCCAGGCAAUAGUGUUUUCCUGUGUGAUGAGUUGGGUUUGCUGGAGGAAUCUCUCACUGGCUGUUCCUCUCUCUGCUCCAGCAGAAAGUCUCCCAGUGCCUCAGACUGGUGGAGGGCUGGCUCUGCUCUCGCUUGGCUUGCCUCAUGGGGCAAAGUAGUUGGACUUUGUGAUUAAGCCACCAGAUGUGCACUUGGUAUCCCACAGAGGAAUUGGUGGGAGCUUGUUGGUAGAAGGCCUGUGGGAGAAGGGUGUGCUGUUUCAGGGGGUGCUUUCAGUGUGCCCAUCACUGGAGCAUCCAUCAUUGUUCUGCAGGGAAGGGUGGUUCUCGUGGUGUAGAAGGCUUCCAGCUGUCCCCCUGGGUGGAACAGGAGGACACUGAGUUUUUCACUGUGCCAACUGAGCCCCAUUGAAUCAGAAGCAUGUUUUGAGAAGUCCCUAUGCUGUUCUCAGCACUUUCCUGAUACACCAGGCUGCUGUAAAAUAAGCACAGGUGCUAGUAGCUGCUUUCUGGGACAUAAAAAACAUUGUUUUGGGUUUGUUUUUGAUCUGUCUUGCUACAGCAGCAAAAUGGAAAGCCUGGGUGUGGCCUUAACAGAGCCCUGGUUGCUUUUCAGAAGGGCAUUUUCUAUAGAUAAAAUAUUUUUUUACUAAUCUGGGAACUUUCUACAGUGAACAUGAAGCCAAUGUAAUGUGUGUCCCUAUUAUGCAUCUCUCUGUCUGAGAAGGCAACAGUGACAGACUCUUUUUCAGAGCUGUAUUAGGAACAAACACAUCUGAUGUUUGAUGAUGUAUAUGAUUGAGGGGAAGAAAUUGGCAGUUCCCCGUGGUUUCAAACCACUGUGGGGAAGAGUUGUACAUUAUUGUAAUCUAUAUGUAAAAGUAGGUGCAAAUUACAUAGAAGCUUUUCUAAACCUUUUUGAAUAUAUAUUAUAUAUUUUAAUUGAAAAACGAGAUUAUUGGAUAAAA